GACCUUACGACAUUUCCGGCUGACUCCGGAGCUUUGAAAUAUUGUGCGCAGGAAGACCGUCGUUGGUCUCACAGCGUUCCCUGACGGCUCAGAAGAUGACGGCAGGGCGACGGUACCUGCGAGCGUUCGUCAGUGGAUUCUUCGUUGCUGUUCCCGUCACAGUGGCCGUUCUCGACAGGUUGGCUUACGUGGCUCGAGUAGAGGGAGUGUCGAUGCAGCCAUUCCUGAACCCAGGAGGAGGAUCAGAGUGUGACGUGGUCCUGUUGAACCGUUGGAGUGUGAGGAACUACCAGGUCCAACGAGGCGACAUCGUCUCUGUUGUGUCCCCCAGAAAUCCAAAGCAGAAGAUCAUAAAGCGCGUCAUUGGCCUGGAAGGAGAUUUCAUCAGGACUUUGGGCUACAAGAACCGAUACGUUCAAAUCCCUGACGGCCAUUUCUGGAUUGAGGGCGAUCAUCAUGGACACAGCCUGGACAGCAACAGCUUUGGACCGGUGUCCGUGGGGCUCCUGCAUGGUCGGGCCUCGCACAUCAUCUGGCCCCCCAGUCGUUGGCAGCAGAUCAAACCGGCCCUGCCUCCGAACAGAGGACCGCUGGACACGGAGGAAGAACAAGAAUGAACUAAAAUAGAACUCUAGUUUUUUAUAUACACUUUUUCUUAGAUGCAUUAUUUAUCCCGUCUUUAUUGUAAUUUAUAUUUCUUUUGACAUAAAUGUG